AUGAAUUUAAGUUUAAGAGAAAAUAUUAGUGGUGUUGAUGACAGUAGUGAUUAUGAUUCUCCAGGAUGGUCAGAAUGUGAAGAAUGCUAUGGACCUAAAAAAGAAUUUUGUAAUCUUUGUGGUUGUUCUGUUUCUGGAAACUGGUACUGCAUAAGAUGUUCAAAGAAAUCGAAACAUAAGACACAACCAGAUGAUUCAAAUUCAAGUAACAACACGAAGAAAAUUAAAAAAUCAAAUAGAAAUAAAAAAUUAAAGAAUGUGGAAAUUACAGAACCUACAGAUGAAGCAAGUAGAAAUGCUGAAAAUGAAUGCAUUUCGUCAACUUCUACAAAUAAUGAGAGUAUUCAUCAAACUAUAGGAAAUCUGCCUGAAGUAUUUAAAGAUAAGAGAUCCAAUAAUAAUUACCAGCAAUAUAAUGAAAGUUAUAAAGAAUGUGAUGAUGAAUUGAGCCAACAGAUUUAUGACAAUGAAGAAGAAAAAGUUAAAGGCAAACAAAAGGAACUAUUUGAAUUAAAUUCUGAUUCUGAUGAAGUUGAUAACAAAAAGAAAAGACUAUCUUGUGAAUUACAAAUAGAAAAUAUUAUUAUAUCUAUGAUAUAUAGUAAUAAUCUUAAAUUCCCAUUAGAAUAUAUAACAAGUUUAAAGAAAAUCAGGGCUAGAAAAGAAAUAAAUAAUAUUUUUUCAUCAAACAAAGAUCCAACAAAUCUACAAGGAAUGUUUUCACAAGGUAUUGAUUUUAAUGAAGUUCCAACACCUGUAUCAUUAGAAUCAUUGCCAAAACAUUUACAAAGUGUUGAAGAUUGUCAUAAAUAUCUUCGAAUAUAG